UCUUGGGUGAUUGCAUAAGCAACAUUAAAGAAGAACCGUAAACUAUUCCUAAACCUCUCUACUGUGGCACCCAACACAGAUACAUAAUCGUGUUAGAGGCUUAAAUUAAUUGAAGUGUCAGAUUUGAAACAGAUUUGAGCUGCUGCACAUAGUUGAAGUCUAUGGAGGAAAGGGAGGAAGAAAAAAGCAGGCACAAGAGAUGGAUGCAAACUACUAAAGCAUUGUUAGGUGCUGUACGUAAAGAAACAUGUCAACCUUAUAGCAUCUCCGUUGUUCCGGAUGACCUUCGCAAAUGGAAUGAGACUGCUUACAUGCCGAAAGUUGUUUCCAUCGGUCCCCGAUACAAGGGAAGGAAGGAGCUAUUACCAAUGGAAGAGAUCAAAUGGCGCUGCGUCACUGCUCUUCUUAGUCGAACAUUUGGGAUGGAUGCUAUAGAAACCUGUAUGAAAGCAGUUAUAGAUUUAGAUGCAGCUGUUCGGGCAAGCUACGUUGAUGUAAUCACACUGGACAGGUAUGAUCUGGCAACAACUAUGGUAUUUGAUGGCUGUUUUCUGUUAGAACUUCUCAUUUGUGAAUCAAAGUUGGAUUCAGAGAUACCAAUUCCAUUUAAUGGGAUUAGUCCCGGGAUAGAGGUUAAAAAGAUGGAGUAUGUCAUAAGUGAUCUGAUGCUAUUGGAAAAUCAGUUACCAAUUUUUAUCCUCGAAACAUUGUUUGAAAAGCUUCUUGGUUCCUCUAACCAAAUGCGCGAGUUCAUACAAAAUCUAGCUUUGCCUCUCUUCGGCUACUCUGAGAAAUUGAUGGUUAAAUCCACCUCUCACUUCCUUGAUACUGCUUACUCCUACCUUGAAAUGGGAUGGAUGGAUAAAAAGAUUGAGGAGAUUGAAGUGAGGCUAAGUUCAGGCACUACUGAUACCAAACUGCAAGAGCAACAUCUGAGACGCUGUGCUACGAGACUCAAAGCUGUUGGUAUUACUAUAAAAUGUCUGAAUACUACUGAUGACGGUAUAAACUUCAAAUUUGCCACUCAGUUUGACAACAAAAGUGAAGGGAUACUACAAAUCCCAAAACUAAUAAUUUCAAAGACAACAGAAGUAUCAUGGAGGAAUUUCAUUGCUUGGGAGCAUCAUAAGAAGAAAUUGAAGACCAGUUUAUCUUCUAUUUCUGACAGGCGUAGUAUAUGCACUUCCUCUGCCUUGAUUUUUAGGGAUUUGAUAUGCUGUUCAAGUGAUGUUCAACUGCUCAAAGACACGAGAGUUAUAGAAGACCAUACCAACACGAGCAAUGGCGAUCUGGUGGCUUUUUUCCAUUCAAUCGCAACUGGGGUUGACAGCAGCAUUAUCGACCACAAACACACCACCAUAUUUCUGGACUUGAAUGCAUUUCCAACAAAAAGUUACUUCACCAAAAUCUACAUAUUAUUGAGACAUUUUUUUAGCAAAACUUCAGAUUGGUACUACCGUUUUUACAAAUUUUUAAAGCGCGGUUAUAACUUAGCUGCUGCCAUCGUCACUUUACUCACUGUUGUCCAGACUUGUUACGCCGUCCUUGCCUAUCACUUUCCCAAACAACAGAGCUAAACACCGGUGUCAUGGUGUAAUGAACAAGGUUUGAAUGAUCCAAAUUAGAACAUGAAGUUCCACAAAAGGGAAAAGACAAGUGGAAGAAUGUAUCGUGUCUUGGAUUCGUCGUGAACAUACAAGUCAGUAGGGAAUUUGACUAUUUUCUAUAAAUAGUCAUCAAAAUCUAUGUAAUAAGGGCUGCUCUUGAUUUCAGAAAUCCACGUCUAAUUGAAUCAACAGUCGGUUAUCUUUGUUUUAAGUAUGCAUGCAACGUAUUUUUUAUGUCCAAUUUAACUUCCGUU